UAUUCAGCUACGAUGUUGCUCCUAAGCGUUGAGGAGUGUCGCCUCAUAGCCGCACGCACUUUAGACUUAAGUGAAGCAGAUGCAGAACUAAUUAUAUUGGAUUAUCAGCUAAUAGCGGGUGCAGCUGAACUAAUGGGCUAUAUGGGUGAAUACUACAAGCUGCAGCUACAGUUGAGCUAUAAGCAGGUGGAACAACAUUUGCAGUACUUUGUUAAAAGUUUGCCAUACAAAAAUGCGCCGCAGCGUGCGGAGUGCGAGCGCAAAGGAGUUUUUCAAAAGGAAACGGCAAUUUAUGCAAAUAUAUUGCCACAAGUGCAAAAAUAUGCGAAUCGCAAGCUGUAUCCAGUUUGCUACUACAGUCGUUCAGAUUUGAUGGUGCUGGAGGAUCUGACUGCGCAUUAUAGACAUUUGCAGCCUACAGAAAGUUAUAGCUUGGCUCAUUAUAAGCUAGUGCUGGAGCAUUUGGCUGCUUUACAUGCUGCCAGUUUAGCAUGGGAGGAGGCAGAACAAUUUCGCAUAGGCGAGCGCUAUAAGGAAGUGUUGAAAGAGCUGCAUUUGAGCCAGCAGAAUGAAUGGUUUACUACAGGCAUUAAAGGCAUUGUUUUUCUAGCUGCGCGUCAUGCCAAAUACCAAACAGCAGCAGCUCAAGCUUUUAUCAAAGACAAACUCUACGCACUUUUGGCUAAAACUGAGCAACUGGUAGCACCUGUCGCAUCUAUGCGCAAUGUGCUUUGUCAUCGCGAUACUUGGGAUCGUAACAUAUUCUUUGGUUUUGCUGACACUGCUGCUAGUCUGCCCAACAGCUGCUGCAUUGUGGACUUUCAGUUAACCAAAUAUUGUUCACCUUUGCUGGAUGUGCUCUUCCUGCUUUAUAUUGUGCCCACAGCCAGCGAACGUGCGCUCAUCUAUGAGCAGUGCCUGGAGCAUUAUUUUAAUGCACUACAAGCUGAAUUCAAGCGUCUGGGCCUAGCAGCUGAUUUGUUUAGUCGUGCACAGUUUGAGCAGCAGUGUCAGCAAAUGCGUUUGGCUGCCUUAACCAUUUGGGCGCUAACUGAGCCACAGACCAAAAUGUCUUCAGUCAUUGCAAACAAACUGCGUGCUGAAGAGCCUGAAAAAUUCGAUUAUUUUCUCAAUACUGAGCGCAAUGAAUUACUUUUGAGAGUAAUGAAAUUGCAGCCUGGCUAUGAGCAAAAGAUAAUGGCGCCAGUUGAAGAGCUGCUGGAUUAUCUUAUGCAAAAUGAAGAGCUGUAUGCUUAAAUGUUUUUCGUUUUUUUU